CUUUACCAAGCCAAGAAAAGUAAAAGUUACAUCAAACAACAGCAAAAAAGGGGUGGUUUCAACCUUUUCUCCACGGCAUAACGCACACAAGAGAUUCGCUUCGAGCGAACAGCGAGCUUCAGCAAUAAGACUCCGAAACGGAAAAGAUCUGGCCGGGCAACUCCGAUGCACAACGUGCCCGAGAUCGUGGAGUCGAUGACCUUGGAGUCAGUGAGCUGAAGUAAAGUGCUAGAAGCGGUGGGAAAGCAUUUGAAGUUCCGCAACAAUUCCAUUCUUUAGCUAAAAGGUAGUGGACGAUUCUGCUGCUUGAAAGUAUGCCAUCCAGCACACAGACCAGUGGAGGAGCAGUAAGUCGACUACCAGUAUCGGAACGAAAGCCGGACUACUUCAUCGGUACUAACGGACGGCCCAUAUUAACGUCCCAUUUCACUGCGAUGCAUCGAAACGGUCGUUUAAGCGAGAGCAAAUCAAACAAUGAAGUUACAAAAAGCAAGCUCAACAAAUGCUUACACAAUUUGAAGGUACGGAAUGGUGGUGGCGGUGGAGGAGGAAUUCCCACCGGUAAUAGCGAUCGUCACGGAUCCAUCGUCACCAGCAGCAGGAGAGCUAGUAAUAAAAACGAAAAUGAUAUAACAACGAUACCCAGGUACAGCACCACCGGAGGUCGCUGUAGUGUAGCGCUCCCACACAUUUCAGGAUCAACUCGUGCGACUGAUACCGGUCGGCACUCGAUUGGACCAGCCAGCGGGUGGUGUUCCGUGGCUAGCGCUCAUCAAAAUUCCGGUUCGUACUGUGGGCCGCCGACUGAUCGAAGUCGAUCAACUACAUCACCGACUUCUUCACGGUUGCUUACCGCUCGAAGCAGUAUGCAGCAGUACCGGCCAAAUACCACCAGCACAAAACGGACCAGUGCGGGAUCUCCAGAAGUCGCCGAAAGUUCGCUCGUUCUACAACAACCGUGCAGAUAUUCCAAUCAUCACAAACUGCUGGACAAUCGGUUAAUGAAUCAGCGAAGCUACGAUCGGAACAUCUUUGGGUACGAUCAGCGCAUGGAUCAAUUCGUACUGCCACCAUUGCAAAUUUAAGGCAUACAACUUAAUGAAUGAUAUCAAACACUUCCUACAACUA